GCCUGAAUAGCCACUCAGCUGCAGGCUUCCAGGCAUCAGUCCACCUCAUGCUGAGGUCUCCUGGCUUAGGAAAGCAACUCUAGCUCAGUCUUCUCGACCAUGAUCCUCAGAUGCCCUGUCACCUCCUCCUGUAGCAGUGCCAGUCCACUUCGUGUCCUACGGAUGCUGAUGCUGCUGUCACUGCUCUUGACUGCGCUUGCCCACUCCACCAGGAGAGAAACUACAAGUGUAGAAGUUGAACCGUUCAUAGAAUUGCGCUGCACAUGUGUGAAGACCACCUCUCGAAUUCAUCCCAAUUACAUUACCAAUUUGGAGGUGAUGAGGGCAGGAGCCCAUUGUCCCGUGGUGGAAGUGAUAGCCACACUGAAAGAUGGGAGGAAAACCUGCCUGGACCCAGAGGCUCCCAUGGUCAAGAAAAUGAUACAGAAAAUUCUGGAAGGUGAUUAGUUAGCUGCUUAAUCUAUUCAUUUUUUGCCAAACCCUUUUAUCCCCCAGGAAGGGAGAAAUUUUGAAGCCUUGACUUUCUAGAAUUCUUUUUUAACCAGGAUACCUAUUCCUACUUUAUUAAACUUUGGAUGUGUUUUCUUCUCUGUUUCAAACAUCACAUUUUAUUCUGAGAAAACUGUUUAAAAACUGAGAGAAGAUGAAAGUAAACAAGCAUAGCUUCAAAAUAUAAUAUUUGGUUUUACCUCCAAACUCUUGGUUAAACACAGUUCUACGCUUUGCAUUUGCCUAUUUGAAAAUUCCUUUCCAAAUACAUUUGUUGUUAACUUAUUUUGCUUUUCUUUACUGUUAGGCCAAGAAGAAUUUCCUAAUGGUUAUUGAUAUUUGGAAUCACACAAUGCCCCAAAUAAAGUAGUUGCUCAAUAAAUGUUUGUUAAUAUCUUUA